AUGGAUGCGUCGCCUAUUCAUCCCGGACCCUACAACGAUGCGCUAUUCUCGUUACAGGGCGAUCAUAGGUCCGCCCACAUAUGGAAGGGUGAGUUACUGACCGAUACUCUCCGCGCCAGGAGAGUGGACGACAUGUGGGACUUUCUGCAUGACAGAGUUCUUCAUGACCGUGUAGUCGCGCGCCUGCGGGGCACGGGUUUCUACAGGAUGAUUGAGAUCAGGCGGCUGCAGCUCGAUUGGUCUUUGAUCACGGCCCUUAUAGAGCGGUGGCAACCGGAGACGCACACAUUCCACCUGCCCAUUGGCGAGGCCACCAUCAAACUGCAGGACGUGGAGGUGUUAUAUGGGUUGCCCGUAGAUGGACUGCUUGUUUCUUUGCCGGCGGGCAUGAGAGACAUGACACGUGUGCAGUUCUUGGACUUGCUGCAGCGGCUCACCGGUGUCCGGCCUGAGGAUGAGACUGUACUGCAUGGGACCGAUCAUUUUUCGUCGAUGACUAUUUGA